AUGUGGUAUGGUGAUCUGGCUCUGCAGUACAUUGAGGAGGCAUUCCGCGAGUGUGGAGAUGAUGCUCCCCCGUUGGUCCUGCUCCAAGCUCUUGUCCUGGUGACGCAUCAAAUGCUAACGCGGGGCGUGCGUGGACGUGCGUGGAGGCACCUUGGUACCUGCGUCCGCGUCGCAUACGAAUUAAACCUUCACUUAUUAGACUCGCAAGGGACCAGCACUGAUCAAGCAGAGGAUGCAGCGCAGUGGUGCCAUAAGGAGGAGCGCAGACGCACUUGGUGGGCUAUCUGGGAGAUGGACACAUUCGCAAGUACGAUAAGGCGGUGUCCUACAGCUGUAGACUGGUCCCAGAACGAGACCUACCUACCGGUCGAAGACGAGCACUGGUUCGAAGGCAAAGCACAUCCCAGUUGCUUUUUGGAGUUGGAGCUCACCAAUCGCUGGAAAGUGUUGCUCCACUGUGGCAACAACUCUCCCAAAGCUUGGUUCAUCGUGGUCAAUUCUCUGAUGAAAGAAGCACAGGCAAUCUCGAGCCCGAGAGGAAUCUACCAUUCCUCAAAUCUCGAACGCAGUGCUCGGACAACUCAAUCCAACGGCCACGAGAAGAACAUGAAUCGCCCCAGGAGGGGUAGCGGCGACCAGCUUUCCACCAUCUACAACUCGCUUCGAUGUUUCAGUUUGGCACUGCCAUUGCAUUUGAAGUACCGCAAUCAGUAUCUUGGGUUCCAGACGAAGGCUCCAGGAUCGAUCAAAUCCCCACGCCAUCUUCAUAGUGCUAUCUACAGCAUACAUCUCAUGACUCAACUUACGAGGUUCAUGAUUCACCACUAUAGAGUCUUCGGAGGUACUGGCCGCUCGGCUCUUGUCCGGAAAGAUGUGACCGCCAAGGCCAGUCCUGCCAGGAAUGACACGUCUGGUGACACCAAUGCUAGCCAUGACACAAUGGCCAUCGAUGGAUAUUUUGAGGCGGCCGACAACAUUCUGAACAUAGUCGAUCGCAGCUCUGAUGAGCACUACCGGUACAUGAACCCAUUCCUUGCGAGCACAGUCUGGCUCGCCGCUGCCGUUCAGCUAGUCCGGAAAGAAUUCGGUUCCGCAUCAACAAAUAAAACGCUUGCCAAAUCCAAGUACGAGGUCUUGUUUCUGAUGUACAAUCAAUAUGUCCGUUAUUGGAACAUUUCGACUGCUUUGGGACAGAACCUCGACGCUCUCGAGCACCAACUUGGACGCUUCCAUGAGUCUCAGCAGGCAGGAGGUGGAGGUGGCUUAGCCAAUAAUACAGGGCGCAUCCCAAGCGAACAACGGAAGCAAAGCGUACAAAAUGGAAGUGUCGAAAAGCAUUGGGUUGGGGACCAUCGCAACGCAGAGACCGAUCGCAGAAGCUCGGUCGUGAAUAAUGGUAGGAUUCCUCAGCACUUAGUGCACGACACGGAGCCAAUAGUAGCUAAACUGUACCUAGACGAUCACACGAUUAGUCCGCAGAAUACGAAUGGCGGCGAGCUUCUGUCCAGCACGAACAACUAUCCUUCCGGUGCUAUUCCACAAAACGGCACGCAAGGCUACCCGCCUCCAUCUGAAACUCUUGUCGAUCCCUUGAAUGUAGAUCCCAGCGCGCCUCAAGAUGGCUUAAACUUCUCCAACAUUGGAAUUAAGGACUCACUAUCCAUGAUGGCACCUCAAACUCAAGAUGUGCUUGAUCUGGAUGGCUAUUCAUUCGAUUUCGGGAUUGGAGAUAGCAGUACAAUGCUAUCUUCCUAUCUAAACGAAUUACUGAGUGGUUCAUACCCUGGUUGA